AAGCCCCCGCUCUGAUUCUUCAACGUACUCUUCCCAAAAACCCUAAAUCCGAUCUUCAACGACACUGAAAUAGUUAUCAGCGGAAGAUGGGGACCUUGGGCAAGGCAAUUUACACCGUUGGAUUCUGGAUCCGCGAGACCGGCCAAGCCAUUGAUCGCCUUGGUUGCCGCCUCCAAGGCAACUACCACUUCCAAGAACAGCUAUCGAGGCAUCGGACGCUGAUGAAUGUGUUUGAUAAAGCUCCGGCGGUGGAUAAGGAUGCGUUUGUGGCGCCAAGUGCGUCCGUCAUCGGCGAUGUUCAGGUCGGACGAGGCUCGUCCAUUUGGUAUGGCUGCGUUUUGAGAGGUGAUGUUAACAGCAUCAGCAUUGGAUCUGGGACAAAUAUACAAGACAAUUCGCUUGUUCAUGUAGCAAAAUCUAACUUGAGUGGAAAGGUGUUACCAACUAUCAUUGGAGAUAAUGUUACAGUAGGCCAUGCUGCUGUCUUACAUGGAUGUACUGUGGAGGACGAGGCAUUUGUUGGCAUGGGUGCCACCUUGCUUGAUGGAGUUUUUGUUGAAAGACAUGCCAUGGUUGCUGCUGGGGCCCUCGUAAGACAGAACACAAGGAUCCCUUAUGGAGAGGUAUGGGGAGGUAAUCCAGCAAAGUUCCUGAGGAAGCUCACUGAAGAAGAGAUAGCCUUCAUCUCUGAGUCAGCUGUAAAUUAUACUAACUUGGCGCUGGUUCAUGCUGCUGAAAAUUCCAAGAGCUUUGAUGAGAUUGAGUUUGAGAAGGUGCUCCGCAAGAAGUUUGCACACCGUGAUGAAGAGUAUGAUUUGAUGCUCGGUGUUGUUCGUGAAACCCCUCCUGAACUUAUCCUUCCUGAUAACGUUCUGCCAGAUAAAGUUGCAAAAGCUUCUUAAAGAGUUGUUAAACCCAGUUAGAUACCUCUUGAGUUGGUGUCAGUGAGUGGUUUAUUAUUUGCGGAGGUAUGAAGGACGGCCAAUUUUUCAUUUUCCAAUAAUUUUCGGGCUGGAAUGAAGUGUCAAGGUCUAUUCGGGUCGGCAUUUCUGACGUAUGGCUCCGAUCAUCCUUCCUGCUUGAUCAGAAACUUUUUUUUUCCUGUCUUUUUUGCUUUGUUGUGAAAAAAGAACUGGGAUGACCGAAUGUUUGUUCGGAUGCUGUCUCAUUGGUUGGUAGUCUAGAUCACAUUUGCUUUUGAAUAAGAAAUAUUGAAUCAGGUGAACUGGCCUACUGUUACAUUUGAAUAGAUUAGUUGGAUUACUUCAACAUUUGGAUUAA